GUAUAAUCCUAACGCAUCCCCAAGUCUCUCUGUACUCCCUGUUCGUUUCUUUUCCUCUCUUCGAUAUUGUUUCUCGGUUCCAAAUCUCGUAAUUUCUUAAUUUGUUCGAUUCUUUGAUCCAUCGGUUCCAGCUCGAAUUCGAUCGAAUCCGUUGGAUCUAGGGUUUCUGCAGAUAGUCCGGUCGAUUCCAGCUCUAUUUUUUCGCUGUUUGUUUCAAUUGCCGCUUCUGAUUUGAGUUGAAAGUGGCUGGAGUUCUGGAGUUCUUCUUGAUCGCCAAUGGCGGAUCACUCGGAUACCGAUUCCAGUCCGAAGGCUUCGAGCAGUUCUGAUUCCAAUUCCGGCGGCGAGGAGGAGAAGCCGAUUGGCGCAAUCCGGACGCCGGCCAAGGCCGGCGAGGAUCCGAGCGCGUACGCUGAUCCCGAAUCCCCGAGCACCGGCCAGCAAUCGUCUGAUGAGAGCGGGAGCAGCGAUGGAGUGCUGGUCGAGCUCCCGGGCAAUCCAGAUCAGGAAUCCAGAGGGUUGCGGGGGAAUCGUGACAGUGGCAUUCUGGUAAAUAUCGAUGGAUCGAUGCAGGAGCCGCCGGACGAGGUGGACCGGAGGGAGGAUGCGGGGAAGGAGGAGACUUUCGAGGAUGCGUCCGACCAGCUGGGCGUCGUGGGCAGUCGGAGCAGCGGGCUCGAGGAGUCAAUGGCCGUAAUUGAGACUGGGGAGAGUUCCCCGGGGAGAUUGGCUACCAGCGAUCUUGCCAGGGUGCGGGCUCGGCUUGAGGACACCAUGGCCGAAUGCAGAAAGUAUAAGGAAGAGAGGGAGUUGUUUGGGAGGCAAGUUGUCAGUCUACGCCAACAACUUCAAGAUAUGAUUAAUCAACAAUCAGUACUUGCUGUAAACAAUGCUGAAUUGGUCGAACAUCUUCACCAGCUGGAGACAGAGGAACGCGAGGAGGACAAAGCAUUGUCAUCUCCCACUCCAUUACACAGGAUGUUAGGUGAUUGCUCCAAGUUUAUCCAUCAUUUGAAAGGCAUUCUUGGUGAGCAGUUAAAUUAUGAUAGCACAGUCAAGGAGCUUCGUUCUGUUCUUUAUGUCAAAGAUCAAGAGAUCGAAGACCUCAAUGUGAAAGCCUCAGAAUCUUUGAUGUCUCGUGAUGUCAUCCUUUCUUACUUGGAUGCACUUCGGGAGGCAUGGUCUGAGUCUUUGAAAGAGUCAUCUGAUGUUGUUUCCAAUAGGUUGUUAGCUUCCCUUUCAUCUGUAGUUGGACGAGAACAUGGCUCUUUGGAAGAUUCUGCUGUUGAUGGAAUUUCUCUUAUUGAGAAGAAGACCUUGUUGUUGAUAGAGAAGCACAUGCAGUUCUUAUCAGAAAUCCAACAAGUUGGGCAGUGUUUGGCAGAGAUCAGGCCUGACUUUGCAAAUUCACCAGAGAAUGAAUCAGGUAUUGUCUUUAGUGUCGCUCGCGAAGAGUUGCUUGAAAGCAAGAGAAAGGAAGCUUUUCUUCAGGAGAGGAUGAUUAAGCUCGAGGAAGAAAAUGGGAAACUGGCUCAAGAGGUCAAGAAGAUGAAAGAAAGUUUAGGAGAGGCAAAUGCAGAAACAAGCAAAACUAAGAUGGAACUUGAGCAGACAGAGAACAGGUUGGCAGCAGCCAGAGAGAAGCUUAGCAUUGCUGUGUCGAAGGGAAAAUCAUUGGUUCAACAUCGUGAUUCCUUGAAGCAGUCAUUGGCUGAGAAGACGAGUGAGCUUGAGAGCUGCAUGCAGGAGUUGCAACAGAAGUCUGAUGCCUUACAAGCUAGUGAAGCCAGUGCUAAUGAGCUGAAGCAGUUAGUAGCUGAGAAGAUGGCUGAGCUCGAGGGGUGGAUGCUGGAGCUGCAACAGAAGUCUGAUGCCUUACAAGCUAGUGAAGUCAGUGCCAAUGAGCUGAAGCAGUUGGUAGCUCAGAGGACAAGUGAGCUUGAGGGGUGCAUGCGGGAGUUGCAACAAAAGUCUGAUGCCUUACAAGCUGCAGAAGCCAGUGCUGAUGAGUUGAAGCUGUUAUUAGCGGAGAAGACAAGUGAACUUGAGAGGUGCUUGCAUGAUUUGCAACAAAAGUAUGAUGAUUUGCAAAGUACCGAGGCCACUGCUGAGGAAUUGAAGCAGUUAUUGGCCAAAAAGUCAAGUGAGCUUGAGAAUUGCUUGACAGAGUUGCAACAAAAAUCUGAUACAUUACAAACUGCAGAAGCCACUGCUGAGGAGUUAAAGCAGUUACUAGCGGACAAGACCAGUGAGCUCGAGAAGUGCUUGGCAGAGUUGCGACAAAAAUCUGAUGCCUUAGAGACUGUUAAUGCUAGAACUCAGGAACUGAGUGAAACACACAGUUUGGUUAGUUCCCUAAGAGAGUCACUCUCACAAAGAGACAUGGUUCUUCGGGAAAUAGAAGAAAUUAUGUCAACUGAUUCCACACAAGAGCUGCAUUCCAUGGAGGCCAUAGAUAGGGUAAGGUGGUUUGUAAAUCAAAAAAGGCUUGCAGAUAUCAUCUUCCUGGAAAAUCACAAAGCUAAAGAUGCCUUGUCCUUGAUUGGGCUACCAGAAAGCAUUUCAUCAAGUGAAUUGAACUCUCAAAUCAAUUGGCUAGUGAACUCAUUCACCCAGGCUAAAGAUGAUAUUAUCAAGCUCCAGGAAGAAAUUGCUAGCACCCAGCUCGCUGUAGCAUCACAUGAAUCAGAAUUCUCGGAAACACACAGGGAAAUAGAUCACCUGACUAAGUCUAUCUUGGAAGAGAAACAAGCAAAGGAAUAUCUACAGAACGAGCACAAAAACCUCAGAUGCAAAUAUGAAGAGAUAGCUGAAAAGUUGUCUAUUCUUUCUUCUGAGAAGGAUGGGUUAAUGAAGGUAUUACUAGAGGUCUCUGAAAUCACGCUGGAUGAUCAACCAUCUGUUGACAUGAAUGUGAUGAUAGAGAAAUGCAUGGCUAAAAUCAGAGAAAGGAUCAAAAUCUCGUUUGCUGAGAGUGAACAGAUAGAAAGGGUGCAAAGUUUAUUGUAUGUAAGCAGUCAGGAGCUGAAGCUUUGUGAGAUGAUUCUGGAAGAAGAUCUGAUUGAUAGGUCCACAAUGAUGAGGCUAUCAGAUGAGUUGGGAAGAGUGUCAGAGGAACUGGUUGCUUUGAGAAGUGAUAAAGACUCCUUGCAAAAAGAGCUUGAGCGAGCGGAAGAAAAAUCUUCUCUUCUUAGGGAAAAGUUGUCCAUGGCUGUAAAGAAAGGAAAGGGUUUGGUGCAAGAACGUGAAGGAUUUAAACACUCUCUGGAUGAAAAAAGUUCUGAAAUCGAGAAGCUAAAACAUGACCUGCAGCUAAAAGAUUCUGCUAUCCAUGAUUACCAGGAGCAGAUCAACAGUUUAUCUGGGCUCCCAGAGCACAUUCAGAAGCUAGAGUCAGAUAUUGCUUCCUUGAAAAAUCAAAGAGAUCAAAGUGAACAGAUCUUGCAGAAAAGCAAUAGUACAUUGCAAAGAUUAGUUGAUUCUAUAGAAAACAUUGUCCUUCCUACAGAUGAUAUCUUUGUGGGGCCCGUAGAAAAGCUGAACUGGAUUGCAGAGCACAUUAAAAAAUUACAAGUUGCUGAGGCUCAUAUGCAGAAAGAGCUAGAUAAAGUUAAAGAGGAAGCUACCUUGUAUUCUAACAGGUUUGCUGAUGCCUCAGCAACUAUAAAAUCACUAGAGGACAGAUUAGCUGAUGCAGAAAAGCAUAUUUCUUUCAUUGCUGACGAAAAAAAGGACCUGCAACUUGGUAGAGCUUCUAUAGAGCAAGAGUUGGAGAAAAUGAGAGAGGAACAUUAUAUGCAGGCUAGCAAGUUAGCAGAUGCUUAUGCAACUAUAAAAUCUUUGGAAGAUGCCUUAUCACAGGCAGAAAGAAACGGUUCUCUACUGGUUGCUGAAAAGACUGAAGCAGAAUCAAAAAGCAAAGAGGAGAUCAUUGCACUGAAUGCCAAACUAGCUGAGUGCAUGGAAGAGUUGGCAGGAACUCAUGGCAGUUUAGAAAACUAUUCAGCUCAGCUGAAUAGCCACUUAGGACAUUUUCAGAUGCUUGUGAAGGAUGAAGGCCUACUAUCCUUAAUGACUGAAGAGUUCAGGAAAAAGGUUGAAAAUUUGAGAAGUAUGGGACUUCUAAUUCACAAUAUGCAUGAGCAGUUUGCUGAGAAGGGACUACAUCUUCAUCCUGAGCAUGAUCAUGAGUUUACAAAGCUUUUCUCCCUGUCAAGAUUUGAGGAUUUUCUCAGUGAUAACAUACUUCAUAACAUGACAAGCACACCUGACCUAGGUGAUGUUCCAUCCUUGACUUCAAUCAUAGAAGGACUUCAUGCUCAAGCAAAACUUCUCCGUGUCAGAUUUGGAGGUUUGUCUAAAUAUAUGGAUGACCAUCUUGCACUUGUGUUGCAUGGUCUGCAAGCAACAAGAGGUGAAUUCAUUCAUUUGCUUGAUCUUGGAGAAUCUUUGAACUCAGAUUUGGUUAAGUUGGAAGCUCAUAACCAGUCUCAAGAAGCUAAAAUUGUUUCUUUACAAAGAGCGGUGACGGCACUUUUUUCAGCAUGCGUGGAUGCUACCCAAGAACUUCAAAUUGAAUUCCAUUAUUUAAUGAAUUUAGACUCUAACACAGAGGAGGACAUAAUGAAUUCUAGCCUGGACUCAAGAUUCAGACAAGCUGUUUCAGGUGGGGUAGAAGGGGGGUAUGCUGAUGAUUAUGCUAAGGCAGCAGAUGAUUUAUUACAUGCUGCCAGGAGAGUCAAAAUUCAGUGUCAACAAUUAGGCAAUGUCAAGGAAGUCUGGGUGACAACCAUAGAUGAUCUGAAAGAUAAAUUGAAACAAGCUGAGUUGACUGUUGACACUGCCAUUCAAGAUCGGCAUCUGAGCCAAGAAAGAGUUUCUACAUUGGAGAGGGAUCUUGAAGCACUGCAAGCUACCUGCAAUGAAAUGAACUCUCAGAUAGAGAAUUAUCAGGCUAUAGAGAAGAUGUUGAGGAAUAAAGAAGAAGAACUUUUGUCUCUACAACGCACUCUAACUGAAAAAGAAAGAGAUGAUCAGCUGUUCUCACAAGACCAACUGGAAACCCUUAUUCAUAAAAUCAAUAACAUGGAGAUUCCUUUCAGCGAGUUGGAAACACAGAGUGAAGAAUUUCAUUUCUCAAGUCCUGUUGACAAGCUCUUUUAUAUUAUAGAUAAAUUCAGUGAGCUGCUGCAUAGGUUGGAUAUCCUCACUGAUGAGAAUGAGGAUAUGCAGUUGAUUCAUGCAUCGCAUGUUCACGAAAUUGAACAAUUGAAAAAGGCUGCUGAGGCCAUUGGUACUAAUUAUCAGGAAUUUGAGUCAAAGAGGUCAGAGUUAUUUGAGUUGACUGUUGGUCUGGAAAAAGUUAUACAGAUGUUGGGAGGAAGUGAUUCAAUUGAAGAUCAGAAACCUAAGGCAAAAGCCCUUGUAACUGUUUUGGAAAGACUGGCAAUAGCUUCAAGUGUGGAUUCUGAAAAUUCCAAGUCAAGGAUACAGGAACUGGGAGCUAAGUUGCAGGCAAAGGAAAAGGCUGUGGAUGAAUUGACAGCAAAAAUUAAGAUGCUUGAAGAGUCAUUUCAUUCUCGCCCUGCACAGACUGACAUUGUAAAAGAAAGGACUGCCUUUGAAGCAUCUCCAGCAGCAACAGGAUCAGAGAUAUCUGAGAUUGAAGAUGUGGGGCCAAUUGGAAAGAACUCAAUAUCACCUGUCACCACUGCUGCACAUGUGAGAACAAUGCGGAAGGGCUCAAAUGAACAUCUGGUUCUUAGUAUUGAUUCUGAGUCCGAUCGGUUAAUUGCGGCCCAGGAAACUGAUGAUAAAGGUCAUGUUUUCAAAUCUCUGAACACAUCUGGUCUCAUUCCAAGGCAAGGAAAGUUGAUUGCAGAUCGGGUUGAUGGUAUCUGGGUUUCUGGAGGUCGGAUAUUAAUGAGUCGCCCAGGAGCAAGGCUAGGUCUCAUAGCAUAUUGGAUCUUCUUGCAUCUAUGGCUGUUGGGCACCAUUCUGUAACAUUGCAAAGUAGUAGCCACCGCUUACAACUCGCAAAUUGUACCAUAGAAUGUUUUAUUUUUAUUUUAUUUUAUUUUUACAUAUGAUCUAUAAGUCAUUCAUUUUUCCCUCAUCCGCUUAAAUCUGUAUUCGGUCAUUCAUUGGAUAUCAUACAAGUCAAGGAUAUAAGUCCAUAAGAAUAAUAUCACUUUUGGGUACAUUCAA